AUGAAGGUUAUUCGGGCCAACUUACAUUGCAGUGAUAAAACUUCUGAAUUCGGGUCUCAAUCUAUAGCUCCAGCCUCCUCUGGCGGCGUCACGUCACUUCUGUCAACGACUUCUCACAGGUCUUGCCCUUGGAGAUACGACUCCAUGCAAAGAGUUCAUGGAGCUUCCUUAAAGUCGGUGAUGAUCUUCAAUAGCAACAUGCACAUGGAUGCUGAUAAUGAUAGUCAUGAGCUGUUUAUUGCUGACUUGCUGCCAUUAAAAAGUUCUAUCUAUAUAUACCAGCAUUUUGUUUCUGAAGAAUCUCCCCCUCCUCUCCCGUUCCCUUCUCUUGUAAUUGCUAGGAUUUUGCUGAGUGCUUCAAUGGUUGUGAGCGAUCAUUUUGUGCUGUGCAAAGCAGCUGUCAUUUUUGCUGUGACUAGAUGGCUCUUGUCCUUUGCUCUUAAUCUCCUGAAUUCUAUGGCUCUAUUCUCAGCUUCUUCAGAUUCCUUCGCACAAACUUCCUUUAAAAGAAUCCCCGUUUCUUCGUCGUCCUUGGCCAAUUUGAAGAUAGUUAAGGACAGUCUGAGCUCGACCACCUUCGGAAACAUCCAACAUAGGCUGCCGGAAAACUGCGAUAAUUCAUGUGCCGUGUGUUUGAACCAGUUGAAGAAGAAAAGCAACGUCUGUGAGCUCAGAAACUGCCGCCACGUCUUCCACAAGCAUUGUCUUGAGAAGUGGCUAUCUUAUGAUGGCUGCCGGUUAACAUGCCCGCUUUGCCGGGUUUCUCUUCAGCCUACGCCGCUGCCGGAGCCACCGCACUGGGCGGUGGAGCGUAUGCAAUAUUUAUUUGGGGAUGAUAUGCUUCCUUGAUCCUCAUUUGACCCCUUUUACACGUCACUCCAACUAAAUAUUCUUAAUUAGAAAACUUACAUGAAAUUGAUAUCUUUCUACCA